AUGGCGACCUCGGUAGCGCCGUCCGAAGACCAGAGUCGUCUUCUGGAGGAGGCAUUGGGGGUGGUGCGCCAGCAAUCAGCCAUGAUGCGGAAAUGCCUUGAGACGCCGGGGAAACUGAUGGAUGCGCUCAAAUGCGGCUCAACAUUGGUCUCGGAGCUACGAACACCGAGUCUAGGCCCCAAGCAAUACUACGAACUUUACAUGGCUGUCUUUGACGCUCUGCGCCAUCUCUCCGUCUACCUUAAAGAGAACCACCCGGUAAACCACCUCGCGGACCUGUACGAAUUGGUUCAGUAUGCCGGCAAUAUUGUUCCCCGACUUUACCUUAUGAUCACCGUUGGUACCGUGUAUAUGUCUGUGGAGGACGCACCCGUUAAGGAGAUCAUGAAGGACAUGAUGGAGAUGAGCCGAGGUGUACAGCAUCCGAUCCGUGGAUUGUUCUUGAGGUACUACCUCUCCGGCCAGGCGAGGGACUACCUACCGUCGGGAACCGGGGACGGGCCGGAAGGGAACCUGCAGGACUCGAUUAACUUCGUUUUGACCAACUUCGUGGAGAUGAACAAACUUUGGGUGCGACUUCAGCACCAGGGUCCUUCACGUGAGCGAGAGAAGCGGAUGCAGGAGCGUCGGGAGUUGGAGUUGCUGGUUGGCAGCAAUGUUGUCCGCCUCAGCCAAUUGGUGGAUCUGGAGACGUACAAGUCUGGGAUUCUGCAAGCGCUCCUAGAACAGGUUGUUCAAUGCCGGGAUGUCCUGGCACAGGAGUAUUUGCUUGAAGUGAUUACAAAGGUGUUCCCGGAUGAGUUCCACCUACAUACGCUCGACUUAUUGCUUUCAGCUAUCGCGCGGUUAAAUCCGCAUGUGGAUCUGAAGAAGAUCGUUAUAGGACUUAUGGACCGCUUAUCGUCCUAUGCGGCUCGCGAGGCUGAGACGUCUACAGACUCGGAGACGAAGAAGCAAAAGGAAGAGGAAGCUGUUACGAAGCUCCUUGAGAACCUCAAGGUAUCUGAAGAGACCAAGGAGAAAUCAAAGGAGGAUACUCCCGCUGCUCAAGAAAAUGGAGUUGAGCAGACACCGACGGAAAGUGACGAGAACACCAAACCGGCCGAAGAGCCUACAGCGAAUGGACGCGACGAGGAUCAGAAGCCUAGCACGCCUCAAGACGUCAAGUUAUACGACAUAUUCUAUGAGCAGGUGGUCAACCUCAUUAAAUCACGCGGUCUUCCUAUCCAAGAUACCAUGGCGCUGCUUGUUUCGCUUGUCAACCUUGCACUCAACACAUAUCCUGAACAUUUGGAAUAUGUCGAUCAAGUCCUCGAGUUUGCUACCAAGGAGACAGCCGAGUACACAGACCAUGCAGAUCUACACGCCGCCCCAACACAACAGAACCUCCUACACCUCCUCAUUGCUCCGCUCCGCUCCUAUGUUUCGAUCUUCACAGCCCUGGCUCUGCCGCACUACCUCCCUCUCUUGUCAUCUCAGUCCUACCCUACACGACGAUCUGUUGCGGGCGAAAUUGCCCGCACUCUUCUUAAGAAUCGAACAUUAAUCACCACCACCGAGAACCUGGAACGCGUCUUAGGGGCUCUUAGGGUACUAAUCAAAGAAGGUGUUCAACAGGGAGGAGGCUACCCUGGGUCGCAACGACGAGGCGAGUCGGACGAGACGAUUGAAGAACAAGGGUGGUUGGCCAGAUUAAUCCAUCUACUGCAGGCGCCAGAAAAUGACACCCAGCUUAAGCUUCUCCAAGCCACCCGAAAGGCGUACUUGGACGGCAACGAAAGGAUCCGAUACACCUUCCCUGCCAUCAUCAGCUCCUCAAUCCGUCUGGCACGGAAACUCAAGUCCCGCGAGCACUACGAUGACAACUGGCAAUCACAAUCAUCAGCACUCUACCGAUUUAUGCACCAGUGUGUAAACAACCUCUAUCAGCGCGUCAACCCUGGUUGCGCCGAUCUUGCGCUGCGUUUGUUUGUAAUGUGUGGUGAGGUGGCCGACCAGACCGGCUUCGAAGAAUUCAGCUACGAGUUCUUUGCGCAAGCCUUUACCAUCUACGAAGACUCUAUCAGCGACUCUCGAGCCCAGUUCCAAGCCGUCUGCAUAAUAGCCGGGGCCCUCCACGGUACCCGAGGCUUCUCCAAAGAGAACUACGACACCCUCAUCACAAAAGCCGCUCUCCACGGUAGCAAGCUUCUCAAGAAGCCCGACCAAUGCCGCGCUGUAUACCUAGCCAGUCAUCUCUGGUGGGUAAUCGAGAACCCCCAAAGAGGCGACGAAGAUCCUAAGAAUCUCUACCGCGACGGCAAGCGCGUCCUCGAAUGCCUGCAGCGCGCCCUGCGCGUCGCAGAUGCCUGCAUGGACACUGCCGUGUCCGUGGAGCUCUUCGUCGAGAUCCUCAACCGCUACGUCUAUUACUUCGACCAGCAGAACGAGACCGUGACGAUAAAGUACCUCAACGGCUUGAUCGAGCUCAUCCACUCGAAUCUCCAAACAGACCAGGACGAGCCGAACCCGGCGCUGGAGAACCCCAAGAAACAUUUCUACCGAACCCUCGACUACAUCCGCACGAGGGAGUUCGAGGGCGUGAUUACAGAUCCCAGAUCCUAG